AUGACGUCAAAACUUGGAGAUGAACUUCGUGCACCGCAUCGGACGAAUCCAUUCCGGAAGACUGCUACCUUUAGCGGUAAAGAAGCAAGAAGUCAUCGAACCGUGUGUUCCGCAUCAACAGUGGUCAAUCAGAAGUUUACGGUAUCUCUCAUGGAUGGGAUACGAGCUGUUCAUCAACAAUUGAAGAUCUACAAGGACGCGACCCUAAUGCCAACUGGGAAAAACAUCCGCCGGAAAGGGCAACGGCACCUAACAGACCCCGCCACCGAAAAAGACAAUGAAACCUAA